GCAUAUACAUCACGUGAAGUUGUACACAUUUCAUUUUACUUCCUCUUGAUAAACAUAACCUAGAAGAUGGCGUCAAAUUCUGAAUGUGGACCCUGUUCUAGGAAAAAUGUAUCAUCCUCGGCCAAUAAAUAUUGCACCGAUUGUGAUGACCCAUUUUGUUAUGAUUGCAUUACUGCUCAUAAUACUUUCAAGCCCUUCGCAACCCAUCAUCUUAUCGACAUUUCGGCGAUUCAUGGCGUAAUGAACAUGAAUGAAAACAAGCACUGCUCUACACACCCAAAAAUGGAACUCGAUUUGUACUGUGGCGAUCAUGACGUUGUCUGUUGUCGAAGUUGCAUGCUGGAAAAUCAUCAAACUUGUAAGAAACUAGCGGACAUUCACGUUGUUUCUAAAAAUGUGAAAGAUUCAACAAUGUAUGACCAUUUCGUACGAGACUUGGGAAUUUUGGUCGAUAACGCUGAUAUAUUUCUUAAAGACAGAGAAUCGGUUGUUGAGGUUGUCAAAAAAGAUAAAGUUUCAAAUUUACAAGCUGUUGCUAAAUUCAAAUCUGAAAUUGUAGAUAGAAUUAACGAAUUAGAAGCAAAACUUAAAACUGAUAUCGAAUCGGAUUACAAGAAAAACCGUAACAAAGUAGAAAACGAGAAAGAAAAAUUGUCUAGCAUUAAAAAAUUUACAAGUAAUUUAGAAUCACGACUAACUUUUGUAACUAAACAUGGGUCUGAUAAUCAUAUUUUUCUAUUUGUUAAUGUGAUGAAGAACGAGUUGUCGACAAAAGAAAAUUUUAUGCAAGAAUUUACGUCUUCUCUUGAAACACCCGAAUCGACAUUUAAAGAAAGCCCAAAUUUAUUGAAAUCAUUGGAAUCUAUUGGAACUGUAUCAACGAAGUUAAGUUCGUGUGUUGCUAGAUACAAUAAAGCUGUAAAUCACCAAAUCCAAGUGCCUGUGGUUUCAUCCAAACUAAAACUGGUGAGAGAUACAGAGGCUACAGCAGAGAUAAAGCAGAUAGAGAGAGAAGAUAUACAUAUAUCCAGUAUACUUUGUACUAAAGAUAAUAGAUUUCUAUUAUGUAAUUGGAAAGGACAAAAGCUGUUGGUUUGUAAUGAUAGAGGAAAAUACUUACAAACAUGUAAACUGCAUGGCAAUCCGUGGGAUAUUACAAGUAUUCCAGGCUCAAAUACUGCAAUCGUUUCCUUGAGAACGUCCAACGGUUUACAAUUUAUAGAGACAGGCUCUGCAUGCAUUAAAGGUGGUAAGUUCGUUUAUAUCGGCGAACUGUGUUAUGGUGUCGCUGCAUCUAUAUCGACGAUUUUUGUUGGGGGCAAAGGAAAAGUUAUAGAAUUCAACAUGGAAGGUCGGCGUGUUAAUACGUUUAAAGUAGGUAGCGAAAUGCUUCACUAUCUACAUCUUGAUGCGAAUAAUAGAAGACUUUACUGUUCUGACACUCAAUCCGAUAAAAUUUACUGUAUAAAUGUUGACGGCACCGCAAUAUUUUGCAUUGAUAAUUUAGAAGUUGCGCCGGUAGACAUAACAACUGACUUUCAUAGAAAUGUGUAUGUUGUUGGACUCGGAUCUCAUGAUGUGCAUCGUUUUACAGACAAUGGACAAAAUCGAGAACUACUUUUAGACGAGAAAGAUGGAAUGUUUAAGCCUUAUGCGCUCGCCUUUAAUGUUGAUUACAGCAAACUUGUUCUUUCAAAUAAUGCUGGCACCGAAUUGAUAUUUUUUUAUUUGAAAUAAAUAAUUAUUCUUAAUGCUGUA